CCGGCCAUAUUGGAUUGAAGUCUGGAGGUACUGAGUGACUUGUUUUUUGGACCGUUUAUCUUGCCUUUCAGGGCAGCGGUUUCAGUUAAGUUUUCCUGGUAGAUAAACUACGCCCCCGCCUCCUAUAAGACGGCAGGCUGCUUUUGAUUUUAGGAGGAAAGAUGAGUCCGACCGAUGCGAAACGAGGAGCAAAGCGCAGGAAGAACAAGCGGGGCGGUGGCAGCAGUAGCUGCAGUAGUGCUGUUUGUGGCAGCGGCAAGGCCGGGGCUUCAGCUGCGGCCAGGAGUCAGCAGACAGCUGGAGCAUCAGCCGCGGCCAUGGGUCUGUUGACUGUCGGGAAUCCUGGAAACAGCAGCACCGGCAGCAUCACAGGCCUCCACGGAGAGGUUUCAUUAAAUGGUACACAGUUUUCUGAUAUGCCUAUGAAUUCUGAGUUUGCAGGAGUCCCACAGACCCCUUUUACCUUUGGCUUGAGUCAGAGGGCACCCUACACAACAGAGGAGCGCUGUCUUCUGUGUAGAAGUGAACGUAAAGAGAACUCAUUUUCAGAAAGUGGUACGCCCAGUUCAAACAAAAUAGCACUUUCUACAUCUCCAAAAACAAACAGUGUCCUGCAGUUACCUCUGUGGGUUUGUCCAGACUGUCGCCAUACAGUGGAGAAGGAGGAACGGCACGCUGAAUUAGAUCAGUCUCUAGUGAACCAGGACUUCUUAUUGCACAUGCCACUUGGUAACAGUGGAUCACCAGGAGGGAGGUUAAGUAUUGGAGCACAAGUAGCAACGCCAGAUCUCCACACUCCUGCACCCACAGAUACAGUAUGUAGCUGUGAAGCGUGCAAUGAGCGCAGGGAAAUUUCAGCAGAUUCUGAAAGGGAGCCUCAGCAGCUUCAAAAUUACUGGUCUGAAGUACGUUACAUGGUUAGAUGUAUUUACCGGCAGACUGGAAUAACACUGGCAGAUGACCAGGAGCAGACUCUGGUGCCAGAUAAGGAGGGAAUGAAGGAACUGAUAGACAGACUUUGUGAAAAAGACCCCUACCAGCUCUAUCAGCGGUUAGAGCAGCAGGCCAGAGAGUACGUGCUUGAAAUGAAGGUACGCCUGCUCCGACAUCUGUCUGUGGGAUCUAAAGUGGCAUCAGCAGUGCAAGGCCCUCCACAGGCACAUCAGUUCAUCUCUCUCCUUCUGGAGGAAUACAGUGCACUCUGUCAGGCAGCACACACAAUCAGCACUUUCCUGGUCACACUGGAAAAUGAACAUUUAAAGAAAUUCCAGGUGACGUGGGAAUUGCACAACAAGCACCUUUUUGAAAAUCUUGUAUUUUCUGAGCCACUGCUACACAACUGUUUACCUACACUGGUGGCACAGUUAAGGCUUGGAACAGCAUCGCACAACUCGUACAGUGAAGAUAUGUACAGUACCCUUCUUCAGAGUUACCAUCAGCUUGAUCAGGAAAUGAAUUUAGUCUCUGUUGAGUGGCUAGAAUGCGAAAAGCGAAUAGAUGACUAUGUUGAUGAACAGAUGGCAUUGAAAACAAAGCAGCACAUGUUGAAAGAAGACUGGGAGUUCUUUAAACAAAGAAAGUUUAUUGAAGAACAGUUAACAAACAGCAAGAAAUCACUUCCAGUGGAAAAUAAUUUCACAGACACUAUGAGACAUAUGCUUUCAUCUAGACUGAGCAUUUCUGACUGCCCGAACUGUAACUAUAGACGUAGGUGUACCUGUGAUGACUGUAGCCUUUCACAUAUUCUGACCUGUGGCAUUAUGGAUUCUCCAAUAACCAAUGACCUUCAUAUAAACCAGUUACCAUUGCAAGUGGAGUCUGCUCCUGACUACCUCUCUGAAAUACGCCCACCCAGCAUGUCAUCGGCUAGCUCAGGGUCGGGCUCCAGCUCUCCCAUCACCAUGCAGCAGCACCCGAGACUCAUCCUGGCAAACAGAGGCUCAGCCCCCACCUUCUGUAGUGAUGAUGAUGACGAUGAUGUGCCACCACUGUCGGCUAAGUUUGCAGAUAUAUACCCAAUGAAUAACUAUGAUGAUGCCGAGGUUGUGGCCAAUAUGAACGGAAUGCAUGGCGAACUGAAUGGUGGGGGCGAAAACAUGGCACUAAAAGAUGAGUCUCCACAAGUAAGCAGUACGAGCAGCAGCUCCUCAGAAGCAGAUGAUGAUGAAGCCGAUGGGGAGAGCAGCGGAGAGAGUCUGACCCCUGGAAAAAUGGCUCUAAUGAAGGAUGAUUUAGAGAGGGACAGUCCUCCACCGUCUUACCCAACUCAACAGGUUGAUCAGGUUCAGCAUGCUUGUGAAUGUCAUGUUUGUAAGCAAGAAGCAGCUGGACUAAAUGCAGCAGCACUUUCAUUUGGACGACAUCCUUCUGGCCACCAGUUCUUAACAAAGAAAACUUCUCACCCUGCUCUGCACCUAUACCCACACAUCCAUGGGCACCUGCCACUACACAUGUCCCACCUACCCAGGCCUCUUCUCCACCCCAAUCUUUAUUCAAGUCCACCCUUUUCACACAAUAAGACACUUCCUUCAGCUCCGACAUCUAACCAUACAGGUAAACAUCAGGUAUUCAAUGCUUCCCUUCAGGACCAUAUCUACCAGAACUGCUUUGGGAACACGACAGACUGGAACAGUUCUUUACCCCCAUCUCUUAAAUUUGAAAACUUGUGGGAAUCCACUGUUAUGAAAAACUGGAACCCUGCCAUUUUUCUACAAGAACCACAGUCAGGAGAUCUGUUGGGCCCUGCUGUCCCAGAAAUUAGACCAGACACGCUUCCACCAUCAUCCAGUACAGAAACCACAUCCACCACAGAAACCAAGGAAAAAAAGAACACAGCCAAGAAGAAAUGUCUCUACAAUUUCCAAGAUGCCUUUAUGGAACCAAACAAAGUUGUCAUGGCCACCUCUUCAGCCACCUCAUCAGUUUCCUGCACAGCUACUACUGUCCAGUCAAGUAAUAAUCAGAUCAAACUUUCAUCUAAAAGACCCACUUCCCUAGGUGAAGUAUUCCACAAUAUAGGCAAAGAGGACCACAGGCACCCCACUCCAGCUGCACCUAGAAGUAGCCCCACAGGUUUAGCAUUACUCCCCUCCCUAACAACUACAACACAGUCUCCUGCCUCUGCGCCUCAUCUACCCAAUCUCGCAACUCAACACUUCCCAAAGACUGCCGCUACAGCACCUGGGUUUAUGGAUCCUCACCAAGGACUGUGCCCCACCAGUGUUGUACUUCCUGCUGCUACCACAGAAAACUCUGUGAGCGCUCCACCUAGUGUUUGCAGUGACCCAGAUUGUGAGGGUCAUCGCUGUGAAAGCAAUAAUGUGUAUGACCAUCAGCAGUAUGAUGGGGAGGAAAGCCAGGAUGAGGACAGUUGUUCAGAACAUAGUUCUAGCACCUCCACGUCCACCAAUCAAAAAGAAGGAAAGUACUGUGACUGCUGCUACUGUGAAUUCUUUGGUCAUGGUGGGCCUCCAGCUGCACCAACCAGUAGAAACUAUGCAGAAAUGCGUGAGAAGCUGCGCUUGCGUCUAACAAAGAGGAAGGAGGAACAGCCAAAGAAAGACGAUCCACUGAGCGACAGAGAAGGUGUUGAAGACCACCGGAAAGUGGAAGAUCUGUUACAGUUUAUAAACAGCUCAGAGUCCAAACCAGUUAACAGCUCCCGGGCAGCAAAAAGGGCACGGCACAAACAGAAAAAGAUGGAGGAAAAAGCCCGCCUUGAUGCAGAGGCCUUGGAGAGGGAGCAGCAGCAGAUGCUUGAAGAGAAAAGGCGGCGGAAGGAGGAGGAGAGACUCCAACAAGAGCUUCAACGGCUUCAAGAACAUCAGCUACUCCGAGCUGCCAAGAAAAAGAAAAAGGAGAAAAUGAGAGAGGCUCUCAAAACAGACCCUGUUCUUCAAAACCCUCAGCCCUUAAAGGAGACUGCUCAGAAUGCAUUAGUAAAACUUCAGAAUGGUAAGGUGCAGUCAUGGGACAAAAUAAUUAAUUCACCCUGUUCACCCAUCAGGUCAGCAUUUAAUAAAGAGCAAAGAACAGUGCCUGAACCUUUUGUGACAAAGCAGAAUUUGGGGAACGAGAAAGACUUUAAGCAGUCUCAGCUACUGCAGAAAGAGGAAAAAGCAAAACAGCCAGAGGUGCUUGUACCUCCUCACACUGCACCACAUCGAGAGGUUAAUAGCAAGCCAAAGCUAAAACAACAGCUUAGCAAACUGGUCACAGAGAUGGGAAAACAGCCAGAGGUGCUUGUACCUCCUCACACUGCACCACAUCGAGACGUUAAUAGCAAGCCAAAGCUAAAACAACAGCUUAGCAAACUGGUCACAGAGAUGGGAAAACAGCCAGAGGUGUUUGUACCUCCUCACACUGCACCACAACGAGAGGUUAAUAGCAAGCCAAAGCUAAAACAACAGCUUAGCAAACUGGUCACAGAGAUGGGAAAACAGCCAGCUGAAGCAACUAAGGUCACAGAUAUCCAGCUGAAGACUGCCAACAAGAUCCAGGUAGAAUUGAAGCUUAAGCAAGCUGAUGAUCUAUCUGACCAGGAACUGAAAAAGGAAGAAAAGGUCAAUGUUACAAAUGGCAAGAAGCAAUUAAAUCAUAUAAAGGAGGACAAGCCCAUGGUAAUGAUUGAAUUGGCAGCUCCGCCUGAACAGCAGCAGAAUAACAAGCCCAACACAGGAAAGACCAAGAAAAAUAAAAAGAAGAAAGGAGAUAAGCUAAACAAUUCCAUUGAUGAUGUCUUCCUACCAAAAGACAUUGACCUAGACAGUGUAGAAAUGGAUGAGACAGAGCGGGAAGUUGAGUAUUUUAAAAGGUUUUGCUUGGACUCUGCUAGACAGACCAGACAGCGGCUUUCCGUCAACUGGUCAAACUUUAGCCUGAAGAAAGCCACCUUUGUUGCACACUGACAGUAUACAAAGACUUUGCAGAAACCAAUCAACGAUGACGCUGCUGACUCAGUCCUGCUUUGCUAAAAGCUCCUCUGUGAAGAACACUUUUGGCCUAAUAAUCUUGCAAAACCUGAAAAAAAAGCAGCUACCUUCUACCUGGAUUUGUUUGCUUGUGUGCUUGUAGUCUACGAGUGGGACAUUUCUCUUGACUGGCCAUAUCCUGGAGUAGUCCAGACUGCUUAACUUACGUUUGGAUGAAGGCCCUCCAAAAAUAGAAAAGAAAACGUUAACUGUGGCUAUCACACAUGCAUCCGGCACUUCAUUCAGAUUACUGACAAAGGAUUGAUCUUGGUCAGUGUCACUCUACUCUGCUCCAGCAUUCCCCAAACAAGAUUUUAAAAAGGAAGGCUAAUACUUGACACAGGUUUUUUUGUUCUGUUUCACAAUUCACGGUUUCAGAAGAGUACAGCUUACGCUAUGUGUUUGAAUGUAUUUGAAUACUUGCAGAAUGGAAUUUAAAAAGAACAAUACUCACACUAUCGAUCUGUUAUAGAGUGUAUAUUGUAUUAACACCGAAGCCUAACUGGCUACUUUUUUAACAUAUUGUUAAGUAAUAUUAAAAAUCUUGUCUUUC